AUGUCACAGUAUAUGGAAGAGAUGAACAUGUGUCUUCCUCGUGCGAUGGUGACUGUCACUGAAAGAAAUGCAAACCUGAAAGCCGCCAGACACAACCCAUUGCUAAUCACUAACUGCCUACACUGGCGGUUCUCAUCUGCCUCAUCUGCCUCAUCUGCCUCACCUGCUGUCACUCACCUCUUCAACCUACCGUACCUGCACUAUGUGAUCUACUCGGUCGUGAAGGUUGAAACUGUCAUAAUGACUCCGGUGGACUGGAAACACAACUUUUCACACGCGGCCAGUCCUGCUCCCGUGAAGGAUGGAUUGCCCAAGUCUUCACUCGCGCACCCCAACAUGUUGCCUUCUUUCACAAACGCGCCGCUCUUCCUCAACUCCAAUUACUUUCUGCAUGACUCGACUCUACCAUUUGCGAUGAGCUCGCCUUCAUCAGGCACGAGCUGGUCGUUCAGCAGUGAGCUGGAUGAGAUUAAGGUGGUGGCCGAGGCUGAGCCACAAUACCCUGUCCGGCACAACGGAUGGACACACGUCAAUCUGCCACCUAUGUCCGUCACAGCCAAUCUUUCCUCUACCCCGUCCUCUCAAUCAGAUAUCGACGAUGGUGAAGUACCGUCGGUGCUUGCCAGUCAUCUGCGCGCCAGGAUCCUCAGCUCAGCCCUCCGCGUCAAGCAAGACCGAAAGGGCAGGAAACGGACGACCGCCAUCUUCACGUCACCACCAACCAGAUAUCACUUUGAACUUGUUUGGCCUGGGGAUUACCUAGACAGUACGAUGCCAGCGGAUGAAGACGAGAAGCCAUGCACGAGGAUCACUCGACCAGUCAAGAGGACGAGCCUCAAUCGUCACAAGGCCCAAGACGGUAUCCUGCCGAUUUGUCCAAGUGGACUCAAAAUGACCGUGACUGGGCACAAACGAACGUCAUCAGAGGCGUUCUUUGACUCUACUGAAGAGCCAUCAGCAAAGAAGACACUAGCCAUGACACAGGGUGGAAAGGCCUCUGUUUGUGUCGCGGCUGAAAAGGCACUCAUUACUAGGGUGAUAUAUCCAGCUUCGACCCUAGCCGGAGUAGGAUCCUCCCUGUUCCUCAACGCACAAUCAACACCAACCAAAGUCAGUGAGAUGAUGAGACAGGAGCCGCCAAUGGAGCCGUUCAUGGACCCCUUUCCCUUGCCUACAACGCUAUCAAUGGCGACACCCACCGAACCAGUAACACAAUUCCUUGCAAUCUCCUUCCGUGUUGAAGCGGCUCUUCGCUAUGUCUCGUCUAUCUUUUCGUCGCGAUCAACUACACCAUUUUACGGCGUGAAGAAUUCUGAGCCCAGGACCCCCACAUUGAUGAAUCUUCAGAUUUUUGCCGUUGUGGACGCCACUGAGAAGAAUGGCGUAACAAACACUAUUUCCCUUGCAGACUUGUUCUUUCCAGAUUGCCCGCCCUAUCUCACAGGCACCAUCGGUCCUCAAACCACUUCUCAGACGAUGGACCCUGCUUCUUACAUGACAUUGCACAAGGGCACUUUUGUGAGGGUCAUUGUAUCGAUCUCUUUGACACAAGUCUCCAACGGCUUGGCCGCACCGGGAAGAGGUGCGCGUCUUAUGUCGUGGCCAAAUUCUGGCGUGAAUACACCGAUACCGGGUCGAGACUCAUAUAACAUCAGCAUAUUGAACAUUAAUUACUCCAAUUGGGGCGAGGUCCAGUUGAUGAUGCGCAUCCUUGACUCGAAGCCGGGGACCGUGCCAUUUUCUCCUCCAGUUGUCUCUCCUUCAAUUUCGACAGGGAGCGGCCUGGCAAGCAUCCGAAGCAAUGAGUUUGACCUUCCCCCCAUGCCCCUCUGGAGCAACGAAGGAUAG